UGGGAUGUUACAUGUUUCAUUUCUUCAAAAUUUAAUUUGAUGUUUAAAAAUGACAGUCAGAUAAUUACAAGAGGACAGGAUGCUAUAAUAUUCGAUGUCCAGGUUUUGUUCAAACUAGCAAAGGAAUUUAUCUUGGAGCACGUGUACACAAUACAUCUACAUAUGGUGGAACUAUGUACGAGGUCAACCUUUCUAUUGCUCAGGACCCAGGGACCAAAAACUGGUGGUUAGAGUUGGAUGGCAAAUAUGUUGGAUAUUUUCCUGCAAAAUUGUUUUCCAACUUGGCCUCUGCUGAUGGGGUGGGGUGGGGUGGGAGAACAAGAACUCCUCCUGGUACUCCUAGUCCUCCCAUGGGAUCCGGACAUUUUCCUGACAGUUAUGAUAACCGUGAUCAUGCAUGUUAUUUUAGAUUUGUCUCAUUUCGAGAUGCAUUAGGAGACGAAGGGCCCGAUAGAAAGCAAGUAAAACUAUUUACCGACAAUUCUAAUUGCUAUGAUGUUGAAUACUAUGGAUAUGUACCACAUCUACAUGUUGGACAUUUUCUCCAAUUUGGAGGACCUGGUGGCAACUGCGACAAUUAAUUCGCUUUUCAAUGUAAUUCUAUGAAGUUAAAUAAUAAUUACUGUUACUAUCA